AGACAGGCAGGCAUAUCAACGACAGCUUCAGUUGGGUCUUGGCGUCAUCACUCGUGUCUAGGAAGAAGGAAGAGGAGACUGAAAAAACAACAGAAUAGAGAAAGGAAAAGAAAACCCAGACCCACACCCACACGGACCACGCGAGGGGAAGCCCCACCACCAUGCCAUCCGCCGUCUGCUUUCUGCUCCUGCUACCGCUGCUAGCACUCCUUCCCAAGCCAGGCAGCUGCUCCUGCGGGGACGCUUUUCAGUUGCAGUGUCAUUCGAGCGACCACUGUGUGUGGAUCUGGGAAAUCUGUGACGGGAUCAAUGACUGCGAGGACAACUCGGACGAGGAGGAGGGGCUCUGCCGGCUACGAGGCGUAGUGGACGAAGCUACGAGGCGUAGUGGAGGAAGGCAGCCGAGGCACACGUUCCCAUUUCAUUGUCAUUGUAAGUACUAUUUUGCACCACGGGAGACAAGUUUGUUGACAAUGCCGCACGUGUCAUUUGACUCCAUAUAUGAUUAUCUUAUGAAGGGUGUGUGGCCCCCUAGUGUAUGUACCAAAGGCGAAAAAGCCAACUUCCGCAAGGCAUGUAGGCCCUUUGCAGUAAAGGAUGAAGAGCUAUUCUACAAGAAGGUAAAAAAUGACGAGACUGGAGAGAAAGUGGAGGCGUGGAAGACUAACGAGUGUGCAGCCCAUCGAGCCAGGUGUACCCGGCAUGGUGGCUCCAGAUGCCUCCCCAUCAGCCUCUACUGUCUUUCAAAGGACCCGCCGUGCAAGGGCACCCUGGACAGGCGCGUGUGUGUGCCCACAGUCCUGCCCUUCACCAACCAGUCCCGGCAGGAGAUGGAGGAGUGGGCUGAACACUUCGAGCACAAACUGAGCCUCACCAUCAGCCACCCGGACUGCCCCAAGCUGUACACCCGUGUGGGCAGCCUCUGUUUGUCUGUGUUCUUCAUGGUCACGAUGGACUGGCUCGAGGCUCGCACGUUCUGCCGCACCAUUGGGGGUCACCUGCUUACCCUGGGCCAGGACGCUGCCGCCUACGCCACCCUGCUACAGCACCUAGCCGCCAGCGGGGUGACGGAUGACUUCUGGAUCGGUGGUCGGCGGUUCUUCAACGAGACGGGGUGGCAGUGGUUGGAUGACACACCAGUCCAAAUGGGCUUCCCCUACUGGGCUGUGAGACACGAAGCGCACUGCAGGCCACGAACACUCCCUGACCUGGACAACCAAACCACCUUGGCGAACGACGGGGCCUGUUACCUCUACCAGCAAGCGCCACCGAGAAGCACCCACCGCCACUGCCUCGCCGCCACCUUCAGACACUACUGGCACCUGAGCGACGAGGACUGUGGCGACAAGAAGAGUCCGCUGUGUGUCCGGCCGGAGGAGCGGAAGGAGGAGAAGCAGGCGAUCUAGUGUAGGGUUCAGGGUUCGAGUCCACGUCCCAAGUCCUUCAUUCCUUGUUUUUGAGUUGGCUCGCAGUACAGUUCAGUCGAUAAGAGAGUAUCACGACACCUCUCCACCCAAAAUUGACCUCCCUUAUUGCCUCUCGUUUGGUAUUCUUUUGUUAGAGCAGCGGCUAGCGGGCCUUUUUGUCCUGUUUUUGUUUCUUUGCCCUUAAGCUGCUUCCCUUGCUGUAAAAUAAAAAAAAAGUAGGUUGUUUUCUUUCUUUCAGUCUUGCCGAAGAAGAAUCUGAAGGUGGUCUAGUGCAGGUUCAAGGGUCCAAGUGUCUUUCCUUCCUUGUUCUUGAGUUGGUUCUUACAGUUUCAGUCGACAUGCAAAUAGUGGCAAUAAUUCAUCGGCUGUUAUUAUUUAUUUAUUUUUACAGCAGAGGAGUCAGUUCAACGGCAUAAAAAAAGGAAACAAAUAUGAAAAAAAAAAGCCCGCUACUCACUGCUCCUAAAAAGAGUUAGAGGAGUGGCCGAAAGAUAGAUCACUUUCGGUAGGAAAGGUGUCCUGAUACCCUCUUCUUGAAAGAGUCCAAGUCGUAACCAGGAGGAAAUACAGAUGAAGGAAGAUUGUUCCAGAGUUUACAAGCGUGAGGGAUAAAAGAGUGAAGAUGCUGGUUAACUCUUGCGUAAGAGAUUUGGACACACACGACAUGAGUAGAAAGUCGUGUGUGGCGAGGCCGCAGGAGGGGAGGAGGCAUGCAGUUAGCAAGUUCAGAAGAGCAGUCAGCAUGAAAAUAUCGAUAGAAGAUUGAAAGAGAGGCAACAUGGCGGCGAAAUUUAAGAGGUAGAAGAUUAUCAGUAAGAGGAGGAGAGCUGAUGAGACGAAGAGCCUUAGACUCCACUCUGCUCAAGAGAGCUGUGUGAGUGGAGUCCCCCCAUACGUGAGAUGCAUACUCCAUACGAGGGCGGACAAGGCCCCCCGUAAAUGGAUAGCAGCUGUGCGGGGGAGAAGAACUGGCGGAGACGGUACAGAACGCCCAGCCUCGAGGAAGAUGAUUUAGUAAGAGAAGAGAUAUGAAGUUUCCAGUUGAAAUUUUGAGUUAAGGAUAGACCGAGGAUGCUUAGUGUUGAAGAAGGUGAUAACUGAGUGUUGUCAAAGAAUAGGGGAUAGUUGUUUGGAAGAUUGUGUCGAGUGGAUAGGUGGAGAAACUGUGUUUUUGAGGCGCUGAAGGGAACCAAGUUCUUCUUGCCCCAAUCGGAAAUAAUAGUAAGGUCUGAGGCUAAGCGUUCUGCAGCCUCCAGCCUGGAAUCGUUUAGGUUCUGUUCGGUGGGUUUUCUAUUAAAAAGAAGUUGAGUAAUGCAGAUAGAGUCAUCGGCGUAAGAAUGGAUAGGAAAGCUCGUUUUGGAAAGAAGAUCAUCAGUGAACAACAAAAAGAAAAUGGGAGAUAGGACAGCACCCUGCGGAACACCACUAUUAAUAGGUUUAACGGAAGAACAGUAACCGUCUACCACAGCAGAAAUAGAACGGUCAGAAAGAAAACUGGGUAUAUAGCUACAGAGAGAAGGAUAGAAACAGUAGAAGGGCAGUUUGGAAAGCAAAGAUUUGUGCCAGACCCUAUCAAAGGCUUUUGAUAUGUCCAGCGCAAGAAUUUUACAUAGUUGGUAGAGUUAGGCGAGAGUUAAACAGCACAGAUGUAUUUAGUAAUGGAGUAACAAUGAAGUCUUAGCCAGAUGGUCGUGUGCACGAGAGCAAGUGAUGUCGUUACGCACGUAGGCGCGACAUCCAGCUUUGGAUUGAAAUUUAGAAUAGAUAUAGUAGGAGGGAACAGAGUAGAGAUUGCUGUCAGUAGCCGCAGAGACCUGUUUUUCGGUGAGGAAGAGAAGGUGAGGUUUAGAGAAGGAGAGACGGUGCUCCACAGAAUGGAAAUUAGAACGGAGACCGCGAAUGUUGCAGAAAUUGAUAAGAAAAAGGUACGAGGAGUUAUCAAGACACCUCUCAAGUCGGCAGCCAGAAGGGGAGUCUUCCCUGGGGGAAUUUGUGCCCCCCCCCCCCCCCAGGCGGGGACUCCGAGGCUCAGUGAUCUGUAGCCAUUUUGAAUUUGUAAAAUUUUGGGAGACGGUGUAUAUGUUGUGUGAGAGAAUGUCUUUAGAGAGCAUGCUGAACUAUUCUCCGGUGUAGAUGAGACAAUAGGGAAACGGAGAGUGAGAACAUGGGGUCUGUUUGGAGGGCUUCAGCACCCUCCUCGCUUCCCAUAUAUACCUCACCGGGAGUGGCUUACGCCCGUUUCGGUAGGAGUCUUCUUACCUACUUGUGGAUAUUUUUCAUCGCAGGCAAUAAAGCAGCCAUUUACGAUGAGGACCGAACGUCUCAACACAAAUCUGACGGUACUUGACCACAUAAUACAUGAUCAAUGAGAGCGCUCCUAUCUCUUCAUAACUGCCAUGCUUCCAAUAAACCAGUCAGCAUCACGGGGCUGUCAGGCUCCUAUUGGCUUUUCCUAAAACAGGGGGGACUCUCGCCAUCCAAAGGUGGCGAGACUGUAGUCUUAGGCCACUCGAAGGUGACUUUAAAAUCCCAGUUGGUAGGGGCGAAUACGAACCCGCAUCAUCCAGAGCGUGAAGAACGCGAGACUGGCAUGUUAACCACUCAUCCACCGUCUGUUUAAGCUCUAAUGUCGACGCGCAUUAAUUCAUGGUCGCAAGAACCAAGAUGUUUUCCUAAUGUAACAUUACUGACCAGAUUAUCUUGGGUUGCAAGAAUAAGGUCGAGUGUGUUAUUUUGUCGUGUUUUUUCAGUAAACAUUUGACUUAAGUAAUUAUCCUCUAAAAAUUCAAUCAUUCUA